AUGGCAGCAGCCACCUUCAACCCCAAAACCCAAACCUACACAUCCCCAAGACCACCGAUUCACCUCCCGACCGAUCCCAACCUCUCUCUCACCACUUUCCUCUUCCAAAACUCCUCUUCUUUCCCACACAGCCUCGCUCUCAUCGACGCCGAUACCGACGAAACCCUAACCUUCCACCAGCUCAAACUCCAGGUCUUCAAGCUCGCCCACUCUUUGCUUCAUCUCAACAUUCACAAAAACGACGUCGUCCUCAUCGUCGCUCCCAACUCAAUCCACUUCCCCGUGUGUUUCCUCGCCAUUGUCGCUCUCGGUGCAAUUGCUUCAACCUGUAAUCCUUCUUAUACCGUAUCCGAGAUCUCAAAGCAAGUCCAAGACUGUAACCCUAAGCUCGUUAUCACCGUCCCUGAACUCUGGCACAAAAUCAAAGAACUGAACUUGCCUUCCAUAAUUAUAGGUUCUUCGAAAUCUUUGAGCUCUACAGAAACGCCGAGUUCGAAGAUUUGGUAUUACUCUGAACUGAUAGAAAUGUCGAACGUGGAGUGUGAUUUACCGGAUAAAACCGUGACACAGAGCGAUAUAGCGGCGCUUAUGUACUCGUCCGGCACGACCGGGACGAGUAAGGGAGUGAUUGUUUUGCACAAGAACUUAAUCGCGACUUCGCUGAUGGUGACAGCAGAUCAGGACAGUAAUGGAGAUCCGAGAAACGUGUUUCUGUGUUUCGUGCCGAUGUUUCAUAUGUUUGGGCUGUCGGUGGCGAUGUAUUCGCAGCUUCGGAGAGGGAACACGGUGGUGUCGAUGGGGAAGUUUAAUUUGGAGAAGGUGUUUUGGGCGGUGGAGAAGUAUAGGGUGACCCAUUUGAGUGUGGUACCGCCGGUGAUGGUUGAGCUGGUGAAGCAGAGUGCGGUGAUGAAGAGGUAUGAUUUGUCGUCGUUGAAACAGGUCAGGUCCGGUGCAGCACCUCUUGGGAGAGAUGUGGUGGAGGAGUGUGCUAGAAAUAUCCCUCGUGCUGAUAUUUGUCAGGGCUAUGGUAUGACUGAAGCUUGUGGAGACAUCUCAUUGGCAAAUCCAAAGGAAGGAUCUCACCUUUCUUGCUCAACCGGAACGCUCCUUUCGGGAGUUGAAUGCCAAAUAGUUAGCAUGGAUACAUUGCAGCCUCUUCCACCUAAUCAAUUAGGAGAAAUCUGGUUUCGAGGACCUAAUAUGAUGCAAGGUUAUUUUAAUAAUCCACAAGCAACAAAGCUAACAAUAGAUGGACAAGGAUGGCUGCACACAGGAGAUCUUGGAUAUUUCAAUGAAGAAGGACAAUUAUUUGUUGUGGACCGAAUUAAGGAGCUCAUAAAGUGUAAUGCCUUUCAGGUGGCACCGGCAGAGCUUGAAGGGCUGCUGCUUUCUCACCCUAAAAUAUUAGAUGCUGUUGUGAUCCCAUUUCCUGAUGCCAAAGCUGGUGAGGUCCCAAUUGCAUUUGUUGUGCGUGCACCAAACAGCUUGCUAAAAGAAAAAGAUGUUCAGAAAUUCAUUGCAAAGCAGGUGGCGCCAUACAAAAGGUUACGGGCAGUAGCUUUUGUAAACAACAUCCCUAAGUCUGCUUCUGGAAAGAUCUUGAGAAGAGUGCUCAUAAAGAAAGCCCGAUCCAAGAUAUAA